GUGCGGGGAGGGGCGCGAGGCGUAUCCCGACGAGCCGCCGCGCCACCGCAGCGUCCCGCGGUCGCCGCCGCCUGCAGCCUUCAUCCCUUUCUCCCUUCGUCCCCCAGUGAGGACAUUCAGACCACUGGAGAAGAGACAAACAAGAACAGAAACUGGAGGCGUUCACAGUGACAGCAUUCUCUUAAGAGGAGAGAUGGCAGAAAUCAGUUCUCCAGUAAAUAUCAAGGAGAAGAUCAAUGCAAUCCGAUCAGUUGUUCCAAACAAAAGCAAUAAUGAAAUAGUUCUGGUGCUGCAGCAGUUUGAUAACAAUGUAGACAAGGCUGUCCAGGCUUUCAUAGAUGGUAGUGCAACUCAGGUUCUGAAAGAAUGGAAUAUGACAGGGAAAAAGAAGAAUAAUAGGAGAAAAAGAAGCAAAUCUAAACAGCACCAAGGCAACAAGGAUGCUAAAAAUAAGAGUGAUGGGUCUGAGAAGGCAUCUCAAGAGCCCCAGAGACCACCUGUCUGCCAUCUGAAUGGAUGCUCUAAGGAUAACCGUUGUGGUGAUUCUGCCAAUGAGAAACUGGAAACCUCUUCUCUGGAGAACAAAAGUUCACGAUUUGUAGCAUCAGCACCAGGCUGUCCAGAAACCACAGGCAAAGAACGUGAGCGUCAGAGAGUGUCUGUGGAGUUAAGCCCAAAGGCUGUGAAUGGAGUAGAACAGCACGAGCCUCUUCAGUCAUCAGUUCAAUUCCAGGGUAACCUAGGCAGGCCAAAGUCAAAAUCUUCCUCAGUUAAAUCAUCCAAUGCUACAAGCCAACUUGAAACAAAACCAGAUGAUUCAGUGAAAAAAAGAGGGCCAAACAUUGAAAAAUCAGUAAAAGACUUACAGCGUUGCACCGUUUCUCUAACUAGAUAUCGUAUGAUGAUCAAAGAGGAAGUAGAUAAUUCAGUGAAGAAGAUCAAAGCUGCUUUUGCAGAAUUACACAGCUGCAUCAUAGACAAAGAAGUGUCGUUAAUGGCAGAAAUUGACAAAGUUAAAGAAGAAGCCAUGGAAAUCCUGACUGCUCGGCAGAAGAAAGCAGAAGAGCUGAAGAGGCUGACAGAUCUAGCCAGUCAAAUGGCUGAAGCACAACUGUCUGAACUCAGGGCUGAAAUUAAGCACUUUGUGAGUGAACGGAAAUAUGAUGAAGAGCUAGGCAGGUCUGCCCGAUUUUCCUGUGACACAGAACAGCUGAAGACCCAAAUUCAGCUCUGUGGAGAGAUUUCUCAUCCAAAGAACAAUUAUUCCUCAAGAACACCAUGUAGUUCGGUGCUGUCUUCAUUGACCUCACAUGCAACAACUGGCAAACAAAAUACACACACUCGGAAGUCCUCUAGCAAUGCCAAGAACUCUGAUAAUAAAACAGCCAGCACUACUAAAGUACAAAGUCAUCAUUCUUCCAAUCCUACAGAAUCUUCUCCCCAGGGAAUUCCAACAAAUAAGCAGAAUGGGCCUUCUAGUCAAAGACGAAGAUUCAACCCACAGCACCAAAACGUCCGUCCCAAUGGAUCUCUUAAGCCACAAGGUGCCACUAACGAGGCAGAUCAAAAUAACGUAAGGAGUGGCUCCAGGUCUGAGCACAGAAGACAGCAGCACAACAAUUUCAGACCUAAAAAUAAAGGAGCUAUGAAAAAUCAGGAGUCUGCAACUGCAAGGACCACAGAGAAUGUGACGCAUCCAGAAAAGAGCCGGCGGAAGCAUCAUGCACCAGACACCACAGAUCACAGGCCUUUCCGAGGCGGUGUCGGCAGGGUGUCGCAAUGCAAUUUGUGCCCUGCAAGAAUGGAGGUCUCUGCUGAUACCACUGUUCUUUCAGUGCCAGCUGUGACUUUGGUGGCUUAAAAUGUCACAGUGAAGGCAGGCAGAAAAAUAUUCUCAUUUUAUCUUCUUCCUCAAGAUGCUUGUUGGUGAAGAAAAUAAAUCGGAACAGUCAUUUUAAAUCUGUUGCUGCUUAAAAGUUAUUGGUAUCUUCAUUAUUUACUAAUUAUCAAAAUUAAUGAUACUUUCAAAGCUUUGCCCAAUAUGUUCACAGUUGUUUUGUCGUGACAAUACAGAAUCUUACCAAAGCAGCAUAUACUACUUAGAAGAAUGAAAUUAGAUUGGAAAAAUAAACUCAAUUAAAUUCACAAUAGCAAAAGGUUUGUUGUAGAUAUGUGGUUAUGCAAUCAACAGUAUUGUUCUUUAGAGCAGCCUGUGUUAGAAAGAUCCCAGAGCACCUCUGUGCUGUGGUCUGCAAUGCAAUCAGAUAAUCUUUUAGAAUUUUCCUGCAGUCUUUAUUAUACACCUCUUUAUUUCUGUGCAUGUAUCUGUAUGUGCAUGUGUACGCACACGUACAUACAUACACAUGCAUGCACACAGUAUUGUUACAUACAAGAACAUUUCAAAAAGCAGCACAUUUGAUUUUAGCUUAUUAUUCCAUAAACUGAGAUCUUUAGACUUGCCUAUAAAUUGUACUGAAUGUAUUACAUAUUGGUAUUUUUCAUUGACAAACUAUUUUUAUGAAAAUGCUCAUUUUGUUCAAGUUUAGAGUAUAUAUAGUCAUGGCUAUUCAGAUGCACAGCCCUAUUCUCCAUCCUUAUCAGCCAUUUUUCUAUGAGUAGUUGGAUUUAUUUUUUUGCAUAUGAAAAGUCACAGGUGUUCUAGACUUGAAUCCAGAUUAUUUUUCUAUAUUUUUUGCUCUAGGAACCAUCUGUCCUUAAUGAGAGCUAUGACUAAUAAACUUGUUACAGCAACAUGCAGCAGAAUAUGGAGAUGCAUAUUUGGGCAGAUACUACAUCCUUGUGAGUUUUCUAUUAAAAUAAAAUCUUAGUGUUAAUGUUCUGAUUAUGUAUUUCAGAAAACUUGUUUCUUCCAAAAAAAUUAAAAUCUUCUUUCUAAAACA